AUGAAUUCAAACGUUACGUCUAUCAAGUUGGUACUCCUAGGAGAAGCUGCGGUGGGGAAAUCUUCCAUUGUUUUGCGCUUUGUGUCCAAUGAUUUUGCUGAGAAUAAAGAACCCACUAUUGGAGCAGCCUUUCUAACACAGCGAGUAAAUAUGGCUGACCACACAAUAAAGUUUGAAAUCUGGGAUACUGCUGGUCAGGAAAGAUUUGCAUCGUUGGCCCCAAUGUAUUAUAGAAAUGCUCAAGCAGCUUUAGUGGUUUAUGAUGUAACAAAGCCGCAGUCAUUUAUCAAGGCUCGCCACUGGGUAAAAGAAUUACACGAACAAGCGAGCAAAGGGAUUGUAAUCGCAUUGGUUGGAAAUAAGAUGGAUUUGUUGGAAUCUGAAGAGGAUAGGAAAGUAGCCAAAGAAGAGGCUGAAAAAUUGUCACAGGAAGAGAACCUUUUAUUCUUCGAGACUAGCGCUAAGACUGGUGAUAACGUCAACGAAGUGUUCUUGGCCAUUGGAGAGAAAAUACCCUUAAAGAAGUCGGAUGGGUCCAAUACCGAUGGGUUACGUGGAACAGAAGAUGGAAGGAUCGACUUGAACAAACCCGAUGAUACCUCGAAUCCCAACUCAUGUGGUUGUUAA